AAAGCCCUGGUUUCACCUUCAGUUGUUUAUUUAUUUGUGUUGUUUGUUGGUUAUGUUAUGUCAUAACAGAAAAAGCUAGUCUAACGUUAGCAACAAAGCAACAAUCACACACAUUUCUGUAACCUGAACCAAUGCCAUUCCUCCUGCCACCAGUAGAUGACUCCCUCCUCAUGGAUCCUGCUUUGGUUUCAGUGCUGUUUUCCAGGAAAUGAAACUAGACCCAGUGAUGUGAAAGAGAAGCCCAUAUCUGACUCAUAACUAUUCAGGCAGUUAGACAGUUAGGUGUGUGCUGAUUGUUGUGCCUUAAAAGAAUCUCUUCACCUGCCAACAUAUCAGACAGCUGAGGAAACACUUGUACAGAGAUCAGCCGUUACAGAGAUGUUGGGAAGAAAAGCUUGGAUCCCAGGUUGCACCCUGCUUGUGCUGGUCACGUUAUGUGGUGAAACGGCUCACUGCCAAAACCAACACAAAGGUUCGACACAUCUGAAAGACCUGAGACUCAUUCUGGUUGGAAAAACCGGAGCAGGAAAGAGUGCUUCUGGAAACACCAUCCUGGGGAGGGAAAAUGCCUUCAGAGAGGAAAUAUCCCCUGAGUCUGUGACUAAAGGCUGUCAAAGAGAAGAGGUCAACGAUGGUGACAGGAACAUCGCUGUCAUCGACAGCCCAGGACUGUUUGACACAAACAAAACACAAGAAGAAGUGAAGUUAAAAAUUGAGGAGUGUAUUAACCAGUCAGUUCCUGGACCCCAUGCUUUUCUGUUAGUGAUCAGUUUCAAGUCAAGAUUCACUGAUGAGGAGAGGGCAGCUGUGACGUGGAUCCAGGAUAAUUAUGGCUUAGAUUCUUCCAUGUAUACCAUAGUCCUGUUUACACAUGCUGACUCGCUAGAGGGUAAAUCUGUGGACGACUACGUGGCAGAGAGCAAACAUCUACAAAGACUGAUAAACCUGUGCGGAGGAAGAUACCAUUCACUCAUCAAUGACAAGAGACGAAGCAGAAUCCAGGUCAGAGAGCUCCUGGAGAAGAUAGAGAAAAUGGUGAAGUCCAGCGGAGGAAGUCACUACACCAAUGAGAUGUACCAGAGAGCCCAGGAGAAACUUGAGGAGGAGAGGAUCAGAGAGGAGGAGAAAAACAGUUUUUGGUGUAAAGCGAUGGCUGUUGCUUCCAUGGGUAUUGUUGCUGCAGGGAUGGUUUUCCCCUCAUAUACUGUCAUGAUGACAGGUGCAGCACUUGCACUCACUCAAGGUUAUAAUUGCACGAUAGAUAUGCUUACUCCUUAGAGUCCUGAAUCUUAAAUUGGAAUAUCAGUUUGCAUGCUUUGUUUGUUGUUGGGAAUUGGGAACAUGCUACAUGCAUCUGUUUUUUCUAUAUGUGAUUA